AUGGCAAUCGGAUACGUAUCCCAUAGCAAGGUGGAGUUCUUGAUAUCUGUGAAAACCAUGGCCAGUUCUCCUGUUGGUGGUUCAAUUUCUUCGUCCAGUUUCCGCAAGAGCGAGUCUUCAGGCAAAGAACCCCGCUCAUGCUGCCAGGUCGUAUGGAACCUUUUUCCAGAUCUCCGACGUCGCAAUCGCAAUCAUCUGCUCGUUCUGAGUGAGCUUGUAUUUGGAAAUACUUGGAACAGCGUUGAUAUGAGGAAUCAGUUUGAAAUAUCCAACUGCACGAGAAACAUCACUUACACCGUCAAGAAAACCGUCUGUGGUCACAAAUCCUCCAGAUUCACGGAUUCUUGCGUACUCCUCAGGAGCAUACGGUUCGUGCUUGCUUGUCAAAACGGUAUAUUGACCGUCAGACUUUGUCAGAAUACCCAUAAUGUCUCCAAUAUUGGCAACAUACAGCUCGUCCCCACGAAUGUAAAUGAUGGUGGCACAACACCCGGUCAAUCCAUCUUUCUCCAUGGUCAGUUCGUCAGUUGUUGUUGUACGAUGGGCAGCGGCAGAACUAAAGGUGGAAGACUUAUCCUUGUUGAUGAGAAUACUCAUUUCCGAGUUCAUGGUAAGAAAAGCGGCUCUCAAAGCGUCUUCAACAGACCCAGCAACUUGAUAUCCUUGAGCACCAAGAACGAGUCCAAACUGUCCUCCAUGCCCUCACGUUUGUGCAAUGGCUUGAUUUCGAGUCUCUUGUUUCCUGAGAAGUUAAGGUACUUGAGUUUCGGGUUUUUCGUCAAGUUGUUGAGAUGGCCAGCAGGAAUGUCAAUCAGCUCGUUGUAUGACAUGUUGAGAAUCGUUAAAUUUUUGAACAUUGAAACGGUUGGAAUAGCAGAGUCGGUGAACUUGUUAUCGUUCAAACUGAGCACUUUCAGAGACUUUUCCAAGCCCAAGCUUUCCCAAUUGUUGACCGUCAUUGUGGAGAUCUCCGAAACACGUCUAUUUGGACGGUCAGAAGCCAUAGCUGUUGGGUUUCUUGUUCUCUGGGUGUUUGUUCUCGUCAGAGAAGACAGACCAUCGAACAUUCCAGACUGA